CGUCAGGAGGAGGCAGGCUGCUGGUGCUGAAGCUGACGAGGAUGAUGAUGAUGAUGGCGGUGAUGGAGGAGCAACGCUGAGUUUCGCGCUCUCGCUCCUCUCUCUUCCCUCCUUUUUAUUCAUUAUUUUGAAUUGCAUAAAAAAGGAGAAAUAAGAUCACAAACCAUAGCGACUUGAAGGCGACGCCGCCGAUCUGACCUGACACCUUUUCUCCACCUCCCGCCCGACUCCGGAGCCGAGAGAUGGGGAACGAAGCGAGCAUGGAGGGCGGCGGGCAGCCCGGGGAGCCGGGAGCCCAGCCCGGGAUGAUGGGCUCGAUGAUGCCCGGAGGACCAGCGGGGGGACCGGGUGCAGGACAGCACAUGAAGCCGGUGAACGGAGCCGCUGCCGGGGGAGGAAUGGGAGUCGGAGGCCCCGGGAUGGGAAUGACGAGGGGUCCUAUGGGUCCGAUGGGGAGUCCCAAACCUGGCAUGCAACAAGGAGGCAUUGGAGGAGGAGGAAUGGGAGGAAUGGGAGGUGGAAUGGGAGGAAUGGGAGGAGGAGGGAUGGGAGGAAUGGGAAUGGGAGGAGGAAUGGGAAGUAUGGGAGGAGGAAUGGGAGGUAUGGGAGGAGGAGGAAUAGGAGCUGGAAUGGGCACCGGUGGAGGAAUCGGGUCCAGAGCUGGCGAGCCUUACCGCCUGGCCACCCACGAAAGCCCGACCUCCCCCAGACACAUGCAGUCCAGCCAAGGUCUGGGUUCUGGCCACGGGAUGGGUCACGGUCCAGCCAGUCACGGUCCAACUGGUCACGGUCAGACCGGGCCCGGCAUGGGCGUCCACGGAGGCCAAAGCCCCGGUCAGCACGCCUCCCGCCGAAACCUCCAGGUCGACUUCAGCGGCUCGGGUGGCUCCAGAACCGGUCGAUCUCCGUCGGUGUCUCCUGACCGAAGCGUGACGCCCACCUCGCCCUACUCGGUGCCCCAGAUCGCGCCGAUGCCGAGCAGCAAACUGUGCCCAGUGUGCACCACCACAGAGCUGUCCAACCCACCGGCUGUACCCAACUACAACACCUGCACCCAGUGUAAGGCCACCGUGUGCAACCAGUGUGGAUUCAACCCCAACCCACACCUCACUGAGGUCCAGGAAUGGCUGUGUCUGAACUGUCAAAUGCAGAGAGCUCUUGGCAUUGAUAUGACCACACCUCGCUCCAAGAGCCAACAGCAGAUUCACUCUCCGUCCCACCAAGCCAAACCCAUUGUCCAGCCUCAGCAGCCAACACAUCAGCCAACACAGCCGGCAGCAGCAGCACAGCCCAAACCGUUGGCUCAGAAUCAGCCCACCCAGCGGCAGCAGCAGCAGCAGCAGCAGCCUCCAUCUCAGCCCUAUGGCCAAAACCAGCCCUACUCCCAGGCCCAACCGUACUCUCAGCCACAGCAGUAUCCUCAGUCGCAGCCCCAGUCGUACCCUCCGCCUCAGGCCCAGUCGUACCCUCCGCCUCAGGCCCAGUCGUACCCUCCGCCUCAGGCCCAGUCGUACCCUCCGCCUCAGGCCCAGACCCAGCCUCACACCUCCCCGGGCUUACAGAGACAUCCAGGCCCUGGCGGCCCCCAGUCUCAGACAGGACCCUCUCAGCAGGGCAUGAGGUCCGACCCGUAUGCCCAGAGAGGUCCUGGAGCUCCUGCAGCUGUCGGAGGUCCCAGCCAGCCGGGUGUUCCACGGAUUCCCCACCCUGGAGCUGUACCCCUCCCCGGUUUGACUAAAGCGCCCUCCCAGCCCGAUUUGGGUCGCGGCUCCCCGAUGCACCAGUCCAUGGCACGGCACCACGACCAGACCAGGAGUGCUGGAUCCUCCCCGGCACACAGACCUCAGAGUCAGGCGCCUCCUCCUGCCCAGGACGGCCUGACCAAACUCUUCGGCUUCGGGGCGUCGCUGCUCAAUCAGGCCAGUACCCUGAUCAAUGUUGACCCUCUACCCACUGCCUCCACCCAACCGAGCCCUGCACGAGGCAAGGUGGUGUUCAGCAAUGCAACCCCAGACAACCGACAGCAACAACAAGGGGCUCCCGGCAGCAAACCGUUCGGCAUGGGAGGCCCUCAUGCGCCGAGCCAAAUGGGGGGUCCCCAUGCGCCGAGCCAAAUGGGGGGUCCUCACACUCCGAGCCAAAUGGGGGGUCCUCAUGCGCAGAGCAAAAUGGGAGGCCCCUAUCCACCCAGCCAAAUGGGAGGUCCUCAAGCGCCAAUGGGAAUUUCAAUGGGUGGACCACAUGCCCCAACCCAGAAGCAGCAGCAGCCUCACCAACAGGAAAUGCUGCAGCAGCAGUCGCCAGCUCAUCAUCAAAAAGGGCCACAAGGACAUCAACAGACUCAUCUGCAGAAAACUCCGCAGAAACAGGAGCCCACCACAGCACCGGUGGUCGCUUCAGAGCCGCUGAAGCCCAAAGUUAACUGUCCUCUUUGUAAAACGGAGCUGAACAUCGGCAGCUCCGACCCACCCAACUACAACUCCUGUACCCAGUGUCACAGCCAGGUGUGCAACCUGUGUGGCUUCAACCCGACGCCACAUCUGGUGGAGAAAAAGGAGUGGUUAUGUCUAAACUGCCAGACCCAGCGGCUGAUGUCUGGAGGCGGUCUCGACGAACCUCCACUUCCUGUUCCUCAUCCAUCUCCCAAGCACCAGCCAAUGGGCUCGCCUCGUCACCAGACCCCAACCGGUCAGCAGAGCCCUCUACACAAACCCGCCACCCAGCAGGGUCCCAAGCAGACCCAGCCAGAGACACAGAAACAGCAGCCGAUAACCGGCACCGGCGGACCGUUCGCACCAACGGCUGCCAAACAGUCGACCGACAUCAAGACCACGACGCCAGCUACUGUACCGACCACAGAGAAACAGUCCAAACCCACAGAGGAGAAGCCCAAGACUGAGCUGGAGAACCAAACUGCCAAAGAGACCAAACCCUCCCAGAAGAAGGGAGAACAGAUCACACCGAUCAAGGAAAUCAAGAAGUCCAGGCACUAUGAUGAUACGAAAAACAACAGCACCCACGACUUAUCACGAAGCCCCCAGAGCCUCAGCGACACUGGAUACUCCUCUGAUGGCAUCUCCAGCUCCCACAGUGAAAUUACAGGCCUGAUCCAAGAGGAGGAGAUGAAGCUGAGCGAGAGAGGAAUCAGCGGUCGGGGCUCCCCACCGAGUCCCUCUGAAAUCACCAAGCUGGAAAGCUCCAUGAGGCCUCUGUUAGAAAAGAGCCUCUCUGAGGAGAAGCCAGACAGAAGGGGGAGGAAGCACAGAGAUAGAGAUUUGGACGACAGAGGGAAGCAGCGUCCUCGUUCUCUGUCGAUCCCGCCAGACGAUUACGACUCCGACGAGGAGCUGGAGGACAUACUGGAGGAAGAAGAAGAUGGAGGAGACUGGGAAGCUAAACGGAAGGAAGCCAAGGAGGACAAGAAGGAGAAGAAAAAGAAGGAAAAGGAGGCCGAGCCCACAGAGAUGACUGAUGAGGAGUUCAUGAGGAGGCAGAUAAUGGAGAUGAGUGCCGACGAAGACAAUGAGGAAGAGGAGGAAAUGGAGGAAGACGAAGACGAGGAGGACGAAGGAUACGGCUACCAGAAACCCAAGAAAAGCCACCACAAGCACAUCAUCUCUGACUCAGGGAAAGAGAAGAGACGCCUUCAGCACCACUCCAGCAGUUUCGAGGAGGAAACCAAGAGCUCCACGGAUGUUUAUAAAGGCUCAGUGGAGGAGGGCGAGGAAGAUGUAAUGGCGUCACAAGGAGGCCUGAGGCGCUUCAAAACCAUUGAGCUCAACAACACCAACAGCUACAGCCGAGACAUGGAGCUGAGCAAUGAAAAUGACUUGAGCCUUGAUCGGGAACCAGAGUUAGAGAUGGAGAGCCUGACAGGAUCUCCUGAGGAACGUUCUCGAGGUGACUACUCCUCGACUCUGCCACCUACUUCAUCUUCAUAUGGUUCAGGCCAGUCUCCAACAUCUAUUUCAUCUAUGGAGGAGGACAGUGACAGCAGCCCCAGCAGGAGGCAAAGAUUGGAAGAGGCCAAGCAGCAAAGGAAAGCUCGUCACCGGUCUCACGGUCCUCUCCUUCCCACCAUCGAAGACUCUUCAGAAGAGGACGAACUUAGAGAGGAGGAGGAACUUCUCAGAGAGCAGGAGAAGAUGAGGGAGGUGGAACAACAGAGAAUAAGGAGCACAGCACGAAAAACCAAGAGAGAUAAGGAGGAGCUGAGGGCUCAAAGGCGCAGAGAAAGGUCCAAGACGCCACCGAGCAAUCUCUCCCCGAUUGAAGAUGCUUCUCCAACAGAGGAGCUCAGACAAGCAGCAGAAAUGGAAGAGCUCCAUCGUUCCUCUGCUUCUGAAUAUUCUCCUCAAAGUCUGGACUCGGAGGCUGAAGGCUAUGAGUCCAAACUCUACAAGUCAGGUAGCGAGUACAAUCUUCCUACCUUUAUGUCUCUCUACUCACCAAUAGAGAAAUCAUCAACUACAACAACCACCAUGGCACCAUCUUCAACCUCUAAACCUCUAAAGAGUGCUGAGGAGGUUUAUGAGGAGAUGAUGAGGAAGGCAGAAAUGCUCCAAAAACAACAGAAACUGCAGCAGCAACAGCAACAUGGGAGACAUGGGCAGUACUACGAGGAAGACAUCAAUGGACAAAGUUACGAUGACGACUAUGAAUAUGAACAAGAUCAAACUGGAUAUGACAACGAGGCAGCAGAGACAGAAACGGAUAUUUACGAGGAGAUCCGACAAACAUCUCAGAACAUCACCAAGAUGCAGCAAGCUACAGAUGAGCAAGUGGAGAUUGAGAUUGAGAGCUCAUAUCCAGACAAGCAGCUUUUAGACACAGGAUCAGCCUUUGCUAAGCUACUGGAGCAAAGUAAUGCACUCCUGACUCCAGGAACCAGCCCAACACAGAUCUCAGCUCCCGUCAGUUUUGCUGAAACUGGAGGGCGGAUCCCUGACGUCAGAGUUACCCAACACUUCUCUGCAAAGGAUGGACACAAAGACAGGAUCAAAAGCCAAGCAGGAAAGAAUGGAAUAACCCCAACAGUGGCUGCCACCACUAUCGCAGCUUAUGGAGUGUAUGCCAGGGAUGCUGUGACCAUUUCUCAGACUGGCUCAAGCCACACUAUAACGACUAGUCAGUCUGAUAUAGGUCGCCGACACUCAGGAAGUCCUGCCACAUCCUCAGCUACAGUCUCAAGUGUGUGCAGCAAGAUUGCAGAGAUUACCCAGGCCUACAGUCAAAGAGAAGUGAUCACCAGAAGGGUUGGGGACACCAGAGGAGUUCAAGUGCGAGACAGCUCAACAUCUUCUACUGAGAGAAUUAUCGAGCCACGUUCUCCCAAGUAUACUACCUAUUAUAGGAGCACCAGCCCGCCUCUUUCUCCAUCGCCACCACCACAGAGCCCCACUCGUUCUCCUUCCAGAAGGGCUACAGCUGAGUUCUCUACACAGACUUUCAGUUCAGCUUUGCGAAUGGACUCAGCUGGAUCUGGGCCUCCAUCCCCAGUGAUGGCUCAGGGAACCCAAACGUCACAUCGAUCGGUUUCCCCACGGCUCUACCGGCAGCAGUCCUCCCAGGACGCCCCAUACUCCCCACCUCCAAGCCCAGCUAGGCCAAUGACAGUCAACACUGCUACUUCUCCCUUGUCUUCACCUACCCGAUUUAGCCGCCAAUCAACAUUUGAAAGCUACUCACCAUGUAACAGCCCUCCAGACACCCCACCUUACCAACAAUCGCCUACCCGCAGCUUUUAUCGGACACAAAGAGUGGAGAAGGUCAACGUGGGAACAAGUAUGGUCACCACAGGAGGCAUGUACACCAGAGGGUCCAUGUCAAUGGAUAAUAUCUCUCUCUGUAGAAUAUCUACUGUCCCUGGAACAUCGAGGGUAGAACAGGGCCAUAUGAUCCAAGGUGGAAGUGUUGUGGACCUUAGAACAGCCACUAAACCAGCUCCUAUUAUCAUGACUGACCAGGGAAUGGAUCUCACCUCCUUAGCCACGGAAAGCAGGAAAUACCACGGUGGAUCCGAAGGUAGCAGACAUUCAACGAUUGUACAGCCACUGAUUAUGAACUUGAACACCCAGGAGACCACCACACCAACCACUGUGAGUGUCACUGUGGCUGCUUCUAUGUUCAUGACCCAGCCUAAACAGCCAACAGUUUAUGGAGAUCCUCAUCAAAACCGAGUGGAUCUGGGCCAGGGCAUGGGCUCGGCAGUGUGUCUUUCUCAGAACAAACCGCUUUCACCCCCAAAUGACCCAUCAAUACCAAAAAUUGAUGCCAAACUGGAAGACCUCAGUAUCCAACAGAGAGAGCUCCAAAAACAACAAGAGAAGCUGCAGAAACAACAAGAGCUCCUUGAACAACAGCUACAGCAGCACCAUCAAAUGCAACAUCAGCAACAACAGGUGUCUGCUUUGGCCAGGUAUGGCAUUACUGGCCAGAUUCCACCUUUAAUGAAAAAAGACUUGCUUGUGAGCCAGACCAGUACUGCGUCAGCCGUUGUCAGUGCUGUAUCACCAGUCAUUAACCCUGAGUUGUAUGGCACUGGUCCUGUUGAGCUGAAAGGGAAGCCCAGCCCUCCUGGUAUGAUGCCUGGAGGUAAAUCACCACAUAGUAUGGUUGUACAGAUGGAUGGGGGCACAGAGACGGCCAGGGCAGUGACUCAACUAGUGAAGGUAGAAGAAGGCCAGGAUGCUGUGGAUCUGACAGGAGGCCAAAUCAAACCUGACAACCAACCUGCUUGCUGUGAUGUUGUUUACCGACUUCCAUUCGGUGGAAGCUGUGUUGGUGGUUCUGAGAAAGAGGGCAUAAGACCUCCAUCUGCCCCACCUCUCAGCUAUGAGUCUGACCAAGAAAGACAAACUGGAAGGUACCAUGAGUACCCAAUGGAUGGGCGUAAGGCUUACACAUUACCGUUUCCUGGUAGGCUCCAACCUUCAAUGUCUGAUACAAACCUUGCUGAGGCUGGCCUACAGUCCUACCAUUCAAAACUAGAACCUCACCUCCAGCCCUCAGGAGAACUUGCCAUGGAUCUCACUGCUAUGAAACAGGGAUAUGGAGGAUUUAUGGGGAUGCAGUAUGGUUCCUAUACAGAUUUGCGUCAUGGAGGAGAUAUUGCAUCCCAAACGCUGCCAAUAAGAAGAUAUAAUUCCUUGUCUAACAUCAGUUCAGAUUAUGGCUACUCUGCUCGUGAUAUUGCUGGCUUCCAAGAAGCUAACUUGGCUCAGUACAGUGCUACAACUGCAAGGGAGAUCAGCCGGAUGUGUGCAGCUCUCAAUUCCAUGGAUCGGUACGGAAGCAACCCAGACUUAAUGCAGUUUGGCAGCUUGGGGAGAGGAACUGGACCUGCUGCUUCCAGAUUUGCAGCAGGUCUUGGUAUGCGACAAAACCUUCUCUUUGGACUGGAUGGGAAGCCAAUCUCUCACAGUCAAGCACUGACCAACCUGAUCAAUGCCAGGCAGGCAAGUCUUAGAGCCUUGUACCCAGCUGCUAUCAGGUCCUCUGACGGGAUGAUCUACUCCACCAUUCAGACCCCUAUCGCUUCUACUCUUCCCAUCACAACCCAGCCUGCCUCUGUCCUUCGUCCGCUACUGAGAGGAGUCUAUAGGCCAUACCCCUCUGCCAACAUGACACCAGUGCCCCUAUCCAGUCUUAGCAGAAUGCCAAUGAGCCCCAGGAUGCCAUUAUCUGGACAAACGCCAGUCCGUUACCCGGCACCAGGCCUGCUCCAAACAACAUCAACCACUGCCACUACUGCUGCUGCUGCUGCAACAACUUCAGUACCAUUAAGGGCUCAAGUGUCGGCUUCCAUGACCACUGCUAGCUCAGCACCCCAGGAUGAACCAGUUUACCUUGGCAAAGGUGCCACAGUGACUUCCGCAUCAGCAGAGGUCACCUCAGCACAAGGAACACUUGUCAUACCAACUGAGCUCCAGCAGCAGCCAAUAAACCUGUCCCAAGCGCACCUGAGCCAACAACAGCAACAGAAUCAAGCAGCAGCUGGUCAGCUGCCACAACAACCUCCUCCUGCAGCUCAUGCCUACCCACCGUCAGGUCCUGCACACACCCAUGGCUUCACCCAACCUCCUUUAGGCCCGUCUGCCCACACAAGCAGCAUACCUAUUGCAGGUGGUCUUCCUCCCUUCCCUCCACCCGGUGCCGUACACAAAGAGGGUGAAACGGAGGCGGAGAGGCUGCACCGACAGCAGGAGCAGCUCCUGCAGAUGGAGAGGGAGCGCGUGGAGCUGGAGAAAUUCCGGCAGCUUCGCCUGCAAGACGAGCUGGAGCGAGAAAGGAUAGAGCUGAAACUGCACAGGGAGAAGGAGCAGAUGCUGGUGCAGAGAGAGUUACAGGAGCUGCAAAACAUCAAGGAACAGAACAAGCAGUUGAAAAUCUUUCAAGUUAACUCUGUUAAACAGGUUCUGCAGCAGCAGCAGCAUGAACGUGAGAAGCAACUGGUUCUCCAGCGGGAGCAGCUGGCCCAGCAGAAGUCGCAGUUAGACCAGAUCCAGUCCUUACAGCAUCAACUCCAGCAGCAGCUUGAAGAACAGAAGAGACAGAAAACAGCAGCUGCAGCUCAGGGAGUGCAGCUGGAUAUGAACGGACAGCCCCUGCACCCCUACGCAGACUCCAAGCUGGGCUCCCGGUCACUCCCCAACUCCUCGUCAGAGAUGUGUCUGAGGAGCCAGGAGGAGGUGAUGGAGACCAGGACCAACAUGAGGAAGCACAGCUCCAUGACCAGGCUGAGCAGGGACAGCUUGGACGGGGAUGGCGUGGUGUUCUACGGGUCCCCCCGCAGGAUCGUGGACAGCUGUGUGCAGACUGACGACGAAGACGGAGAGGAGAGGUACAUGAUGCGUCAUCGAACCAGGAGACGUGGUCGUAGUGUCGACUGCUCCGUCCAGACAGAUGACGAUGAGGACAAAGCUGAGACGGAACAUCCGGUCCGCCGCCGACGUUCCCGUUUCUCCCGACACUCUGAGUCCAGCGCAGCUGGCAGCAGCAGCGCCACCACGACCACUGGAGCCCCGGACGCUAAAACUGACACCCCCAAGAUGGUUUCAUCCAGUAUCGCCAUCCAGACCAUCAGGGAAAUGUCCUGCCAGACAGAAGUCGAGCACCUCGGACGAGUCUCCCCAGCAAUCCACGUGACGGUCCCAGACCCUAAUAAAGUGGAGAUUGUACACUACAUCUCUGGACCCGAGAGAACCCAGAAAGGGCAAUCCCUAGCAUGCCAGACCGACCCAGAAGCUCAGUCGCAGGGUGUUGUAGCCCCCCAGCUCAGCGUGCCAACCACCGUCAGUCCAUAUUCUUCCUCCACCAGCACUGGGACGCAACAGUCCAGUUCUGCCGACCUUCUGACCCAGCAGCGCCAGCAGCAACACAUCGCAGCGAAUGCAGCCAAGUUUGAGCGACGUCGCCCUGACCCACUCGACAUCAACUACCAGCCUCACAACCACCUUCACAACGAGUCCAUCUCCAGCAUCAUCCGGCAACAGCAGACGCCCAAGUCUCCACAGGUCCUGUACUCUCCGGUUUCGCCGGUUUCCCCUCACCGGCUGCUGGAGACGUCACUGUCGAGCGAAAGGCUAAACAAGGCCCAUGUCACGCCUCAGCAGAAGUCCUACACGGCCGAGUCUCCCCAGCGACACCCGUCUGUACCCCGACCCAUCAAGAGCACCCAGAGGUCCAUGUCCGACCCCAAGCCCCUUAGCCCCACCACCGACGAGCACACCAAGGCUAGGCUCACCCUGUACCAACAGCAAGCACUCCAGAGCCAGCUGGCCGCCCUACAGCAGAGCUCGCUGCUCCGCAAGGUCAAGCGAACCCUGCCCAGUCCACCUCCAGAGGAGAUCGCCACGUCAGCCCACCUGCCCAUGAUGACUCCCGCCCUCCAACAGGUCUACCUGCCCUCCGUGCCCAGCCUCAAGCCCAGCUCCAGGUCAGGCCUGGCCGCUAAAGCCAGCCUCCUCAAAGACCUCACCCAUGAACUGAAGGCUGUGGAACAAGAGUCAACCAAGCUGAGAAAGCAGCAAGCCGAACUGGAGGAGGAGGAGAAAGAGAUCGAUGCUAAACUGAGAUAUCUAGAGCUGGGGAUCCACCAAAGGAAAGAGACGCUGGUGAAGGAGAGGGAGAGAAGGGAUAUUGCCUAUCUGAGGUGUAUGGGGGACACUAGGGACUAUAUGUCUGAUAGUGAGUUGAAUAACCUUCGUUUAGCAGCUGCAGCUGCAUCACAUGAGACUAACGGGCUACUAACAACUAGACCAAGCACUGCCCCUCUCAGCCAGUUCACCAGUGACCUCAACACGGCAGCCCAGUACCCACCCACCUCAUCCUUCCUCUCCUGUCAGUACCCCCAGAGCCAACCAGCAGCACCAUCUCAAUCCAGUGUGCCAUACCAGUCUUCAACAUUCAACCAGCCUCCCUACCCAACAGUGUCCCAGUCACAGGCACUGCCACAGCCCACUCCCCUUCAGAGCCACGCCCCCCCUCCUGGACCUUCCUAUCAGUCUCAGACCUCCUAUCCUUCCCACACCUACCCCCAGACUCAGCCCCCAUACCCCCAGACAGACAUGGGGAUACCAGCUGCACCUCAGCCUCAGCCAGGGCAUACAGGUUUUGGGCCUGCACCGCCCGGUCAGCCCCCAUACCCCACCCACAGCUCACCUUAUCCCAGCGCUGUGUCCUCCUACCCCAGCCAGACCACCCCAUAUCCUGGGCAGCCUCAAGCUGAUAUUCUGACAGUCCAUCCAGGAAGACCCAGGCAGACCUCUCUGGCUGACCUGGAGCACAAAAUGCCAACCAACUAUGAGACAAUCAGCAACCCCACGGUUGUGGUCACCACCACAGCCCAGGAUGCUACCUACUCCAGUGCAGCACCCUCCUAUGGUCAGUACACUGGAACAACAACCAUGGCAAGUUCCUACGGACCUUAUGGUUCAGCACCAGUGUCCAGCAGCUACGGUGGGUACUCUACAAUGCCCCCCAGCACUUAUGGCCAGUAUACUUCAACCUCAGCUAGCUCAUAUGGCCAGUACACUACAACCACUGCUAAUACUUAUGGCUACACCACCACCACAGCCAGCUCUUAUGGACAGUACACUUCCACAGUUUCCAAUGCCUAUGGGCACGCUGUAGACAGUCCUUCCACCUACAGUACAGCAGAUGGGAUGUAUGGGGCUCCUGGCUUAGAGCAAAACAUUCCUAGGAACUACAUGAUGAUCGACGAUGUGAGCGAGCUGACGGCAAAAGACGGGCUGGGCACGACGACAGGGGACAUGAUGCAUCAUGGGCGUUACCCGGGCGACAUCCACGGCCACAGCGGCACCACUGGCAGCACGACGCGUGGGGGAACUGGCAGCUCCCCUUACGGCAGGGCACCCGAGGAGGAAGCAGCGAUGCAGGAAGAGCUAUACGACCACCACGGCAGGGGUAAGAGCAGCUACAGGCACGGACCUCUAGGGGGCAGCAGCAGCAGCGUGAGCGCUAGCAUGGGUGGGGGAUCCCCCUAUUUCUAUGACUACGACUACAAACAUGGCAGCAUCCGCUCCGGGGUACAGAAACCUUCAUCAUCCACCAGAAGCCUUCUGGCUCCUGCUGUCAUGUCCUCCAAGCGCAGCAAGCACAGGAAGCUGGGGAGCAUGGAGCAAAAAAUCUCCAAGUUUUCCCCCAUUGAGGAGGCUCGAGAUGUGGAGGCAGACCUGGCCUCCUAUUCCUCUUCAACGGGUGGGGCAUACCCCUCUGCCAACAUUCGAGGGCGCCAGCUGAUCGAGGAUUAUGGCUUCAAGAGGACUACUUAUGAGGGCGGCAGUGGCUCCGCUCAUGCUAGUCGAUACUACGGUAUGAUGGUGGAGGAGGACGAUCGGAUUUACUACACCUCCACUGGCCGCUCCCGCUCCACUGGCUAUGGCAUGGACAAGAUCUCUGCCAGGGACUACCCUGGGUAUCGCAGCCGAUCCUAUGAGAGGGACGACCGCUCCUACCAAUCUGGCUACAGGGGGCGUCGCCCAACUCGGCAGUACUCUGAAGAGGAGAGCCCACUCAGCCCCUUGGGGAGGUUCAUGGGUUCUGGCCGAUCUUCCAGCUUAGGCCCCGACCCGUACGACAGUCGCAGCAGUAGAUAUCAUUACUAUUAUGGCCAAUACGGUUCCAGCCACUCGCUGCCAGAUGUUCAAGACCACAUAAGGGACCUUCCCCGGACUCAUGUCUACAAAUCGGAUGAUACAUACAUUAUAGACGAUUAUCAUUGUGCUGUGUCAGACAGCGAAGCCUACCAUCUGGGCCAAGAAGAGACCGACUGGUUCGAGAAACCACGCUCAAGCUCUCGGCACUACGGCAGCCACUCAUCCGGGAGGAGCCGGCAUAGCGUCAAACACACCUACCACGAUUACGAUGAACCUCCUGAGGAGGAUCUGUGGCCCCAGGAUGAGUAUAGCCACGGAGGGCGACACUCAUCAUCCCGAGACCACAGACACCACGGCAGUUCUAGCCGCCAUUCGACCUCAUCUCGCCAUGCAGAUGAGACAAGGUCAUCGAGGUCAUCCAAGGGCCACCCCAAAGACCCGACUAUGCGCCACGACCCUUCGGGAAGAUCUUCCUCUACGGGAAGGCGCGGCGAGUCGAGGUCAGGAGGGUACCACUCUUCAGACUACCCCCGGGAUCCAUCGGGGCACCAUCACGGCCAGCGGUCCUCCAGGCAGGGAGACCCGCACAGGUCCUCCAGAAGCAAGUCCCAGGGGCCAAUGGACAUGCAGGGCCAACCACCAGGCUCCUCCAGGUCUGGCAGUAGCUCAGCCCGGGCUCAGGGUCCCGGCGGUGGGCUUGUGGGUUCUGGACGACAGGGCGGUCCUGGUUCCCAGACGGACGGACCUCCAGGACAGAGGACACAACUCCAACAACAAGCCCAGACAUCAGCGGCCAGACCAGGGCAACCCGGUGCCACAACAACCACUGGCCCUCAGCAGCAGCCCCCAGCAGCAGGACAGGGCAUGGGCAUGGGCAUGGGGCAGGGCCAGGCCAAACCAGGCCAGAUGGGACCUGCAGGUGGACCCAUGGGUCAGGCCCGGCAGACUGGUCCAGCCGGAACCACACCAUCCACCAUGACGAAGAUCGACACACCUCCGGCUACAGCUAUUGGAGCAAAGGCGGCACCGGUCAUGGCCUCGAAGGCAGCACAGCCUCCACUGACAGGCAUCGGCUCCAAGGCAGCUCCUCGACCUGGAGGCAUUGGCAGCGCAGCAGCCGGGCAGCCUGGCAUGGAGGGGGAAGGAAUGUUUUCCAAGAUCCUGCCUGGAGGAGCUGCUGAGCAGGCCGGCAAACUGGGAGAAGCUAUUUCCGGUUUUGGCAAGAAGUUCACCUCCUUCUUCUGAGGUGCUACGAUUAAGGACUAUGAAAAUGUCGAAAAAAAGAAGUCAUGAGGCCUCGUACCAGAAAAACCUGUGAAGUUCCCCUUGCUUUUAUUUUACUAGAAGAGAAUGAGAGAGAACAGUGAGAGAGGACAGAGCAGAGAGGAGAGCUGAGCACACUGCCAACACGGACUGGAAUCCUCUGGAAGCUUCACGUCUCAGACCUGAACUCACCGGCAGAUAGAACAAGCUGCUCUCUGGGAGGACAGACAAACAUUCCAAGUCCAAGCCAACAUCCAUCUUCAGAAGGACUCUCCUCUGUCAUCCCCCAGCCCCAGAAUCACAAUCAACCAAAAUAUUGCGCAGCUGAAAGAAGCAGUCUGCAGCAGUUUGAUGCAUCUCUUCUUUACAAAAGAGCAUUUGGGGGAUCAAAAUGGCUGCAGAAGAAACAGUUUUGUUUUUGCUGCUGUAUUUCCAGGCCAGUAGGGGGAGCGCUACUCAUACCAGAGAUCUACGCAGCUGGUGAAGACGAGUAGAAACCCCAGAGGCCAAAUUUGCCAUUGCUGUGGAUUAAACACUUCAAUUUCAAUGGAAGGAAAUAAAGGGGAGAUGCAGUUCUACUCCCAUACAUCGACGACUCCACCCUUUAUAUGAAAGCUGCUAUUUCCUGCUAACAGGGAAUGGUAGCUCUAUUACAGGUGGUGGCAUGAAGGAAUCCUUGGUUCCACAGUCCUGUGCUCAAACUGAGAAUAACAGCAACAAAACAAGCCUCUCUCAUCUUUUCUAUCUCUUCUCGAAGUAAAGACAAAGUGGGGAAAAUGUUAUAAAACUUGCUACAGCAGGUUUUUCUGGUACUACAGACCUCUUGUUACCAUGCGCUGAAGAGGAAAUAAUGGAAACGUCCUACUGAAUGAAUAAAACAACGAUGUAGCCGACACAGAACGUCGGUUUCUUUCCACGGUUUGUUUCUAUCUACAUUCCAGAUCGGAACUGUUCCCUUCUUCCUCACCUCUGCAUUUUUCUUGAAUGCUGAUACUUCCGUCUUUCUAAUCCCUCGCCCAACAAUCCACAACUUGCCAUGUCUUUAAAGAAGUGUAUAGUGGAUUAAAAAAAAAAAAAAAAAAAAGAAAUGUAGGAAUUUGGAAUGCAUGGAACUUUA